AUGGCAAGAGACGAAGAUAUGAAGCUGGUCGAUAAGAACGCGGCCUCGGCGUCACAGAAAGUCCCAGAACCAUGGGAGAACUCUAAUCAUCCACUCUUCCUCCAUCAUUCGGACCAGCCUGGCGCAGUCCUUGUGUCACAACCAUUGAUGGAAGAUAACUACACAACAUGGGUCCAAUCCAUGAGCAUGGCCCUAACCAUCAAGAACAAGAAAGGUUUUGUUGAUGGAACUCUCAACAAACCAGCUGACAACCCUAAUGAACAAAGGCAAUGGGAUCGUUGCAACACGCUUGUUAAAACUUGGCUGCUGGGAGCCAUGUCGAAGGAAAUUUCGGGCAGUGUGAUUCAUUGCAAAGAUGCAAGAGGUAUGUGGCUUGAAUUGCAAGAAAGAUUUUCUCAUACUAACACGGUUCAACUGUUCCACAUCGAGAAUGCAAUUCAUGAUUGUGAACAAGGUACGAACUCGGUCACAUCUUAUUUCACAAAGCUCAAGGGCCUCUGGGAUGAGAAGGAUGCACUUUGUGCAUUUCCUCCUUGCAGUUGCGACACAGCCACAGAAGUGAAGACUUAUAUGGAGACACAAAAGACUAUGAAGUUCUUGAUGGGGCUCAGCGACAACUAUGCGACGAUACGAAGCAACGUAAUAGGGAUGGAUCCUCUCCCUAGUGUAAACAAGGCAUAUGCAAUGGCGUUGCGUCAUGAGAAACAAGCAGAUCGGAGAAAGGCUGCAAUGGAAGGAGGACAAGCACGACCAAGAGGUAAUCAUGUGGCUUCCUCAAAUGAUGACAAGGAGACUAUGAACACUUUUCCUUUUUCACAAGAGGAGUGCCAGCAGCUUCUGGGGCUCUUGAACAAAAACAAGCCUGCUUUGAUCAAUCAAGUUGGUAAUGUACCAAAUUAUGAGGAACUUUCAGGUAAAGCUUUUUCUCUUUCACAAAAUGGUAAAGAGACAAUAUGGAUAUUGGAUAGUGGUGCCACGUACUGA